GUGCUGUGAUAGCAUGGCAGUCGCCAGUGUGACCAGACCUGGUGGCUACACUACUGAAAAAUCUCAGUUGAUAUUAAAAGAUGAUAUCUCUCACAGUGGACAUGGACCUACGAUGAAAAUUUCAGACCCCUCCAUGAUUUGGGGUCCAGGCUCCCCUUUAAAGAUAGGGUGAGAAGCACAGUCAUCCGGGAGAGGCUCAGAGAAGAGCCGAGAAACCAGAUCAGGGAGUUGCUUGGGGGAUCUGAUAAGUAUGCCAUCAGAAUGGCUCAAUGGUGAGUUGUUCCGAACACUUUGCAGCCGGACGAGACCCCAAGGAUGACCCAGGUCACACGAAAGACACUAUAUCUCGCAUCUGUUCUAUCAAAACCUUGGGAUCCCCUUGGCAGUGUUGGAUGAAGAGGCUGGGGAAACGGAAGUCUGGACAUCCCUGCCAAAGUUACUGCCCUAAUCUGACAUUGUGAUAUGAUGAAUGGAUGGAACGCUGGAAUAAAUGCCAAUGUUUACUGCAAUAAAAUUUUCCUCUAAUUUGUUUGUAGUGGUGUCGGCAAAGCCUCGGACUCCCAAGCUCCCAACCCAUCAUUCUCUGCUCAGCGCCUUUGUAGAGGUGAUUGCAGAUGGCCUCCCAAGUGAAACCAAAAAGACAGCCAAACGCACUGGACUAGAUCUACAAUGGAAUGAGGACCUCAUGCUAAAUGUGACGCCUCAGAGUUGUCUGGAUCUGAAGCUGUGGACCUGCCACACAAUCACGAGAGAGUUACUGGGCAGUGCUACAAUCAAUAUGAUGGACACUUUGCGCAUGCACAAUGGCAAGAUGGAGAAUGUCCAACUAAGUUUGGUACUACAGACUGAGAACAAAGACUCAGUUGUAGUGGGAGUUGAGCUCAACAUCUGUCUGGAUGGCAUGGUUGUUGACCUGGGCUCACUGCCCAAUGGUUGCACAGCAGCAGACGAAAUAUUUCAAUCUGAUCAACCCAGCCUGAGGAGGGGACAGAGUGAAGAGAUUCCCAGUGUUGCAGAAACUCAAACAACCUUAGAAUCCAUCAGGCAGUUUCACUCCAAAUCACCAGGAGCAUUUAGUGCCAGAAGGAGCAACCGAAACUGUGUGGGUGGUUUGCAGGGCAGCUCCCCAGGGUCCUCCAGAGCUGUGUCUCUUCUGAAUCGAGAAGCAAAUGUUGAGAGUAAUGUUGAACCAGGUUCUCCUGGCCGUCGUGAUGCCUUCAAAAUUAAAGUCAUCCCUGUAAACAGUACAGAUAAAGUAGAGCUUAUAUCCAAUGGGCUGGAGUCCAGCUUUGUGUGUCACACCCAUCCAGCAUUAGAUCCGUCCGAUGCAACCAGCAGCAAUACCCAGUGUUUAGAACAGCAAGAUGGCCUGGGUUUGGUAGGACCAACAGCGCUUGACCUGGCUCCCGCUUCCAGUACAGGGCAGGCGCGCAAUAACACCACUGAACAACAAUCAGAUUCACUCCCCACUGGAUGGGAGCAGAAGGUGUUGCCUCAUGGUAGAGUUUACUACGUAGACCACAACACUAAAACCACGACGUGGGAGAGGCCGCUACCAACAGGCUGGGAAAAGCGUGUGGACCAGCGAGGGAGGUUCUACUACGUUGACCACAACACUCGAACCACCACAUGGCAGAGGCCCACUGCAGAGUCUGUGCGCAACUAUCAACAAUGGCAGAGCCAACGCAACCAGCUGCAGGGUGCAAUGCAUCAGUUCAGCCAGCGCUUCCUCUACCAGCUGUGUAGUGCUCCUGUUGAAAAUGACCCUCUGGGCCCAUUGCCUCAUGGAUGGGAGAAACGCCAGGAUAAUGGCAGAAUGUACUUUGUCAAUCACAACACACGAACAACGCAGUGGGAUGACCCACGAACCCAAGGGAUGAUCAAGGAGCACCCUUUGCCCCCGGGCUGGGAGAUGAAGUACACCGCAGAGGGCGUUCGAUAUUUUGUGGACCACAAUUCCCGCACUACCACCUUUAAAGACCCACGUCCUGGGUUUGAGUCAGGGUCACGGCAAGGCGGUUCACCUGGUGUCUAUGAUCGCAGCUUCAGGUGGAAAUACCACCAGUUUCGCUUCCUAUGCCAUUCUAAUGCUUUGCCAAGCCAUGUGAAGAUCUCUGUGUCCAGACAGACUUUGUUUGAGGACUCAUUUCAACAGAUCAUGAAUGUGAAGCCGUAUGACCUCCGCCGGAGACUCUACAUCAUCAUGAGGGGAGAGGAGGGCCUUGACUAUGGUGGCAUUGCCAGGGAGUGGUUCUUCCUCCUGUCCCAUGAGGUUUUGAAUCCCAUGUACUGUCUGUUUGAGUAUGCUGGCAAGAGUAACUACUGUCUCCAGAUCAACCCAGCCUCUUCUAUCAACCCAGAUCACCUCAUGUACUUUCGCUUCAUUGGACGGUUCAUAGCUAUGGCUCUCUACCAUGGGAAGUUUAUUGACACAGGCUUUACGCUUCUAUUCUACAAGCGAAUGCUGGACAAAAAAAACACACUGAAAGACUUGGAGUCCAUUGAUCCUGAGUUUUAUAACUCCAUCAUGUGGGUUAAAGAGAACAGCUUGGAGGAAUUUGGUGUGGAGCUCUAUUUUGCACAGGAUGUGAAGAUCCUUGGGAAAUUGUCCACCCACCAACUGAAGGAUGAUGGAGAGAACAUAUUGGUUAAUGAGGAGAAUAAGGAGGAGUAUGUCAGCUUGCUGACAAAUUGGAGGUUCACACGUGGGGUGGAGGAACAAACCAAAGCUUUCUUGGAUGGCUUCAAUGAGGUGGUUCCCCUGGAAUGGCUUCGCUACUUUGACGAGAAGGAACUGGAGCUGAUGCUCUGUGGGAUGCAGGAGAUUGAUUUAGUCGACUGGCAGAAGAACACCAUCUACCGACAUUACACCAAGAACUCCAAACAGAUCCACUGGUUCUGGCAGGUGGUGAAGGAGAUGGACAAUGAGAAGAGAAUUCGUCUCCUUCAAUUUGUUACAGGAACCUGUCGUCUGCCGGUUGGAGGCUUCGCUGAGCUUAUCGGAAGUAAUGGUCCGCAGAAGUUCUGUAUUGACAAAGUUGGGAAGGAGACUUGGCUUCCAAGAAGCCACACAUGCUUUAAUCGCUUGGAUCUCCCGCCUUAUAGAAGCUCGGAUCAACUGCGAGAGAAACUAAUGUUUGCUAUUGAGGAGACAGAGGGAUUUGGACAGGAGUGAUCAUCCAAGCAAAUACAACCUGGAAAUUAAUGAUUGAGCUGGCCACUGUUUUGUAGUUGCAUUUUCUUAAAAGAAGAGGUCAUCAAGCCCGACACUUUCAUCAUGGAUCAUGUAUAGAUGGUAUGGAGAGUGUUAGGGCUGUGGGUUCUCCCCUCUGGCUGCUGGUGGGGACAGUGGGGGCCAUUUGGCACAGAUUUUUAUUUGUAUCUCUCGCUCCCCUUACCACAUCUCAUGAUCGAGCAAAAGUCAGACCAGAUGAUAUGCAAUGGAGUGUGAUAUCCAUUCAAGAGAAAUAAAUGAGUUUUUGAAGGUGUGCAAGGGAGCCAUUGUUGAAUGUUAAGCGAAUUUGAUUGCAUCUUUCCAGAGCAGAAACAAAACUCAAACUGAAGAUGUUCUUAUUUUGUCCUGUUAUUACGAAUGCUGAUUUUCUUGUACAUGAAUAAAAUAUUUCAAUGUUGAA